CUACAUCACGACACAUUCAUUUAGCACUGGACACAACACGCAGCAAGCUGUCCGUUUAUAUCUCGAGCCGCCUUGAUAUUGUGCUGCGGCCACCAGCUACGCACCAACCCGCGCCCUUGGUAGCCUACGGCCGCGCUUGAGACACCGCCCGCGUAGGUGCUUCAUCGGUAGCCUUGACGACUCGACGACUCUGCAGCGGCAGCUUUCCAUCACUCUCGAUCUUUUCUGCUUCUAUUAUACCCGCAAUGUGCUCCAGCGUUGCAAGCUUCAACUCCGAAUAAUUAUCCCCCGAUUAGCGCCACAUCUGGUUCUUGCCAGCUGCUCGCUCCUACCAAAGAGGUCUUCUGUCACCCCAGAUGAAUUGACAUUCGAAACCUUUGUUCCCUCUCUCCAGUUUGUCGUCGCAGAAUGGAUAGUGCUAGUGCACAUAGCGCAAUGCAGGAUGGCAUUUGCGAACCACGGCCUCCGCCCCCUCCGAGACUCUUCGAGAGGCUUGGUCAAAUCGCCGGCUACACAUGGGACGAAUCAACACCUCCACUGCAUUCUACCUACGAUUUUUGGCACGUCUUGGGUACAUGUUACUCUCAGCCGUCAUCCGUAACGCCUGCCACCCCGUCACAAAAUGCAUCGAGCCCCGGAUCGGUAUCGAAAGUACGACAGACGACGGUAUCGGACAAUGGCGACAAUACGGCAAGCAACAGUCAUGAGAGUGACUCUCUUGUUUCACCACUCCUACAUCCAUCAUCAGGCAUGUCGACCCGCACGGAACUAGGCUCCUUGGAAAUACCCGUCUUAGCACGUGUAUCAUUCCAUAAUGUCCGUGAAGAGCGCGCCUUCCAGAUUGCCAAGAGUGUCACUUCCAGUGCCGACCCUGCCGGCGAUCACAUCAUAAAACCCAUCGACAUCAUCCGUUUGAACCCGACGGCCGGCGAACGAGGUAUAAUAACCGUUGCCAUCUAUAGAUGCCCUGGGCAUAAUGCAUUGUUCGAUUUUAUGGAUAUGGGCCCUGCCUUUUAUCGCGCAAGAAAAGAAGCCGGGGUCUAUCGAAUAAUCUAUCAAGGUUUGGAUCCGCGGCCACCGAUUGAUUUGCAGCACUUUCUUGACUUCGCCAUUGGAGCAGCAGAGGCACUGGAAAUUUUGCACCAUGGACGAGGCAUGAUCCAUGGCGAAAUACGAGGUGACGCUUUCCACUACAACGCGGAAGAGAAUAAAGUUCGAAUUAUGUCAUUUGGCUCCGGCGUCCGGUCUUUCGAACAUGGUUUAACCAGUACUGGAUGGUCGACGCUUUCAAAGGAACUUGGCGCAAAGAACAAACUCCUAUAUAUCAGUCCCGAGCAAACCGGUCGAAUGCCGGCAGAGCCUGAUAGUAGGACCGAUAUUUAUUCAGUUGGUGUGCUGUUCUGGAUGCUAUUAACACAACGACCCGUUUUCCCCGGCGAAAGUGCAUUCGAUGUCGUUCAGGGUGUGCUUGGAAGGAAAAUUCAAAACGUAUCCUCGGUACGAAUCGAUGUACCCGAUGCCAUCGGUCAAAUAAUCCUUAAGUGCACGGCAAAGAACGUUAGUGAGCGAUAUCAUUCCGCCACUGGUCUCCGCCACGACUUGAUCGAGAUUCAGAAGUGUCUUGGAUCUGGCAGCUUGGAUAAGCUGAAGUACUUUACGACCGGCUCAAAGGAUGCGUCCUCAUUCUUUAUGCUCCCCACUGCUAUGAUUGGGCGUGCCAAGGAAAAGGAAGAGGUUAUGAGAGCUAUCAACAGAGUUUCUCGGGAUCACGUAUUUCGCAACGGCCACCGGGCUAAUACGCACAGUAUAUCUUUCUCUGAACAGCCACAGUUCGAUGAGAUUUCAAGUGAAGGAGCGAGCUCCAUUGAUGGCCACACAAGACGAAGCGAAUCUUUUACGCAAGCGUCAUCCUCUGACGCUAGACAGCUCAAAGGUAGCCCACACCAAUCGGUCCUCUCUGACAACCAAACGAUAUCCGAAACUAUGUCUACGACCCAGUCUGCGCACACGAUGCCUCUUCCGCGUAUUACGAGGCGAUGGGAGCGACAUCAAUCAAUAUCUGCUGAUGUUUCUAGCAAUGUCGAAAGUGUUGGCUCCGAAGGAAAUCGACACACCACUAUUGAUUCCGGAGCCUCCACCCUUUCUAGACAACUGGGUACGGUGAAAUAUAAACGACGAGGUCAUUGCGAGGUAGUCACGAUCUCUGGUGCGGGCGGGUUAGGCAAGAGUCUCCUCGUCCAAUCUAUGCUACCAGAAGCCCGCCGCCGCGGAUACUGCGUUACGGCCAAGUUUGACACCGCAAGGCGUGUGCCAUUUGGACCAAUUAUUAAGCUGUUAUCAUCGCUGAUCAAACAAGUUUGGGGAGAAAGGAAUACGGAGACACCCUUCCAUCAAGCCUUAAAGCAAUAUAUUCGACCCGUUUGGCCCGCGUUACACCGUGUUCUCGGACUUCCUGAAUUUCUCCUCGGCCCAGUUGACAAUAGCAUCUCCCGUUCACUGUCAUUGACACAGAAUAACAAUAGUCUGAGGAGUAGCAGCAAGGGAAGAGGCAGGAGAAGAGAGUCAUCUCCUGGUUUAUCACCCGCCUCGGCAAACAGAAAACCUAAUACUGCAUCGCAAAGUACUCAUGACUUCUUGCGUGCCGGUGCAUCUACCAAGACGAUGCGCUUUCUCAAUACCUUUCUCGACAUCCUGCGCAUGUUCACACAACAUAAAUUCAUUUGUUUCUGUCUUGAGGAUUUGCACUUCGCUGAUAACGAAUCACUCGAAUUGAUAUCUCAAAUUAUUGCGGCUCGAAUCAAGAUGGUAAUGGUACUCACAUACAGAGAUGAUGAGAUGUCAGACGACAAAGUUCAAAAGAUUAUAUGCCCAUCAGACCUGGAAGAACUUCCCGGCAACGCUCGACCCGUUAUUACCAAAGUGAAACUUCAGCCUCUGUCGGAAGAAGAAACAGUAGACUAUGUGUCUCAGACACUUAGCCGCCCAAAGGACGAAAUCCUCUCAUUGGCCUUGAUUGUUCAAACAAAGGCUGCGGGUAAUCCUUUCUACAUGCGCGAGCUGCUCAGCGCAAGUCAUCGCAAACGAUGCAUAUGGUACAACUAUCGUGACGGCAAAUGGCAUUAUGAUUUGGAUCGAAUGCUUGACCAAUUCAAAGGCACAGAGGACUAUGAUGUUCUGGGUACAAGCUUCGUUACGCGAAGGCUGGCGGAACUACCCCUUGCUGCCCGUUCCUUGUUGGCCUGGGCCGCUCUUCUGGGAAGCUCAUUCUCAUUUGAAUUAAUCUGCCAUUUAAUGGGUGGCGAAUAUAAUUUCAACGAUCCUACUAUUGACUGCGACGGCGACUUCAAGUGGAUCAAGUACUCGGAAGCAGAGUGUGUUGCAGGCCUGCAUAGCGCUCUCCAGGCCUACAUUGUAGUUCCCAGUUCGACGGACGAUAGGUUUCGCUUCGCACAUGAUCGAUAUAUUCAUGCCUCGGUAUCCCUUCGAGAAUGUGUUGCUGGUAAGAUGCAUUUCAUUAUCUCGCAGACACUUCUCAAGUACUAUUCGGUUGAAGCUCGACACAUGGAAAGCACUGCAGUUCAUAUUUGCAAAGCAAAAGACAUCAUCAAGCAACGGAUAGAUCAAAGGAGAGAGUUUCGAAAGCUCCUGAUGGAUCUAGCUCAAACAGCCACGGAAAGUGGUGCACGACCAACAGCUGCCGGAUAUUACAACACUGCGAUUUCCCUCCUCCAGGAUAAUGCAUGGUCUGAUGAAGCUGACGAUGUAUUCUAUGACGAAACCAUUCAACUAUACUUCCGUGCUGCAGAAUGCAACCUUUUUAUGGGCAAUCUUCCCACCGCCAAUGACUUCCUCACCGUCAUAUUUAAUAAUGCUAGGUCCUCAAUCGAUAAGGCGCCAGCAUAUGUGCUUCAGUCCCGUAUUUUCGCCCAAACUGGGAACUCACUGGCGGCGCUGAUCUCUCUAAAAGAAUGCUUGGGCAUUCUUGGAGUGAAAAUAACGGAAGAGCCGUCAUAUGAGAAGUGCGAUAAGAGAUUCCAUAAGCUUGUUACCAAAAUUCAACAAAUGGACCGAUCGACACUAGUCAAUGCACCGAAAGCUCUAGACCCCAACAUGGCGUCGGUUGGCGCUGUUUUGGCCGAAUGUACCAGUGCAGCGUGGUGGAGUGACUGUCUUCAGUACUACGACCUUUCGCUGACCACGCUUGAGAUUCAUUUAGAAAAAGGCGCCUUCCCUCAAUCGGGCAUGUCGUUCCUCAACUUGGCGGUAAUUUCGCUAAGCCGCUUCUCCAUGGCACAAUUCGCUGUCGAGAUGGGUACUGUGUCCCAAGAUAUGCUAUAUGCAGCUCGCGAUGCGUUCUCCAUGGCCCGCGGUCAGAUGAUUCAUGCCUGCUUCAUUGGCCAUAUUCACUUUUCCAUGCCUCUGUCCGUCUCCCAAAUGGAAGACGCUAUAGAGCUGGCCUCUGUAGGCGGUGAUCGCAUGUCCACUAUUCUCAGUUAUGGUAUUUCUGCACAAACUAAACUGAUGGCAAGUGAGAAUCUCGCGGAUCUAGAAGGAUACUGUCAGUACGCAUGCGAAGAAAUUCCGGAUUGGCAUAAAGACACUCGAGGUGGCUGCUUAAUGGUUUCAGUUCGACAACUCUGCAGAGCAUUGCAAGGCAAAACAAACACCCAGAAUCCUAACGCCGUGCUUGGAGAUGACCAACACGACAGCCCACAAUAUAAAGCCUGGCUGUCUACCCAAACACUGGACAGCAACCGAGCCACCCUCUUUUAUGAGAGUCUAGAGCUCGUAGCAUUGUUCUUGUAUGGGCACUACGACCGAGCAGCAAAUAUAGGAGCAUCUUGUUUUGAACGACUUGAAAUUCUUUGGUCUGCUAGAAACAGUCGGCUGGUGCUACUCUUCUAUGGGCUUUCGAAAGCUGCGCAAAUCUUCAAGUGGUCCUUUGACCCCCGUAUGAAAGAUGCUGACAUCUCGGAACAUACACAGCAAGUUGUAAACGAGUUGGGGGUUUUUGUAACGAUGAUUAUGGAGUGGGGAGCUGUUUCUGAUGUCAACUACCUGUGCUGGUCUCGCAUGCUUGAAGCUCAAAUGGCCGAACUCUUAAAUCAACAUGGAAGAGCGGUGCAGCAUUAUGAAGAAGCACUGGAUCAUGCAACAGAACACCGUUUUCUCUUUGAAGAGGCAUUGGGGAACUAUCUUAUGGCUGGUUUCUUCUUGCGUAGAAAGGCUAGAAGAAGCGCUCGAAGCGCUUUGCUCGAAGCCGUGGGGUUAUUCAGACAACUAGCGGCUUCUGGUAUAGCAAAAGCCAUCGAAGAGGAGCAUGGCCUCCUCCUCCAUGGACCAACUCGAAACCAUCAAACAGCCGAAGUGGGAAUCCAAACAGAUAUCGCGGCGGACCCAGCCACAGUAACGUAUCGACCCGUGGAUACCGAAGAAGGUGAGGAGUUGACGCAUGUCCCUUCUCAUACGAUGACGGAGCUUCGUGGCGAACGUAUUGGCGCCUGGCGCGGCUCUAUGAAUGUACAAAAUGAAGAUUGGUCUGGUCUUCCAGCUCUCGAUAUGAUCGAUCUCCACGCGAUUCUUCGGUCAUCCCAAGUUAUCUCGUCUGUUCUACAAAUUGACGAGCUUCUCAAGACGAUGUGCGACGUUAUUCUUAAGACAUGCGGCGGAACAGCAACCCUAGCUGCGAUUGUCGUACAGGAACCUGACAGCGACCCGAAACAAGAGAAGUGGUGCAUUGCAGCAAGUGGUGAUUCCGAUAAUGGUGCCUCAGCCCACAGUCCUGAACUUCCCCUCUCAGGCACAUCGUUAAUUGCUGACAAUGUCGUCCUGUAUUGCACUCGCUUCUUGGAACCAGUUUUCAUCCCUGAUCUACUCUCGGACGAACGCCUCGGAAACGUUAACGAGACAUGGCUGCAACGCAACCCUCAGGGCAAGUCUAUUAUUGCUAUACCGAUUACGCAUGGUAAUAAGACGUUAAUUGGUGUGAUGUAUAUGGAAGGUGAACCUAGAGCUUUCACCGAUAGAAACGUCACUGUCUUGCAGCUACUCGUCAAUCAAAUUGGCAUCAGUUACUCAAAUGCGCUUUCUAUGAAACGCAUAGAGAGAGUCUCAGCAGAAAACCGCUCCAUGGUCACUGUACAAAAGCAAGCUCUGGCAAAGGCCCUCGAGUCAGAAACUAAGGCCAAAAAUGCUGAGGCAGAGGCCAAGCGAAAUGUCAAGUUGGCCGAAGAAGCUGCAAAGGCAAAAGCUAUUUUCCUAGCCAAUGUUUCCCACGAGCUUCGAACGCCGCUCAACGGUGUGAUUGGGAAUUCAGAGUUGUUGCGUGAUAGCACCCUAAACAAGGAGCAAACGGAAAUGGCAGACUCUAUUCGUGUGUCAGCUGAUUUGCUUCUUACUGUUAUCAACGAUAUCCUGGACUUUUCUAAAAUGGAAGCAGACAAGAUGAAACUACACAUGAUAGCCUUCAACCCUGAAGAGCUUGUCCGCGAGGUCGUACGUGCUGUUUCAUAUAGCAACAGGGAGAAGACAACGAAGAAGAAUGUCCAAAUUAUUCACGAUAUUAAACUUCCGUCCGCCCUCAUGUACGGAGAUCCUAUUCGAUUACACCAGGUCUUAGGCAACCUCAUCGGAAAUAGUCUCAAAUUUACAGACCAGGGGUCUAUUACCAUUGGCGCAAGGCUCGAUCAAGAAACAGACAAUGUUGCUAUACUGACGUUCUGGGUUCGUGAUACUGGUAUUGGCAUCCCUCCUCGCCAGCUUGCAAAGCUCUUCCAGCCGUUCAGUCAAGCCGAUUCUGGUACAGCAAGAAAGUAUGGUGGCAGUGGUCUCGGUCUAAGUAUCUGCAAGUCGCUUGUCGAGACCAUGAUGAAGGGUAAAAUUCAGCUUGAGAGCGAAGAAAAUGUCGGUACCACGGCCUGGUUCACGGUUUCAUUUGAAAAAGCCGACUCUAAUGUUGCUGCGGGCGAUCUUCAGGCAAAGUCGCCCCCGGCUGCAGACCAGUAUGCUGCGAUGUCGCCACUGGAGAGACGGGGAUCGACCAAUUCCUUUGUUGAUUUGUCACAAAUACCCCAGCAAGAGCUUCGCAUUUGCAUUGCUGAAGACAAUCCCAUCAACCAGAAGAUUGCGAUUCAAUACGUGCAACGACUCGGAUACACAAACGUUAUUGCCUACGAGAACGGUAUGAAAGCUGUCGAAGGCUUGCGUGAAAAAGCAAAAGAAGGCAUCCCGUAUCACAUCAUUCUUAUGGAUGUCAUGAUGCCGAUUCUUGACGGGUAUGAAGCAACCAGGCUUAUUCGCAAAGAUCCCAUAGAAGCUGUGCGGAAGAUUUUGGUCAUUGCAAUGACUGCGUCGGCUAUUCAAGGGGACAGAGAAAAGUGCCUUGCUGCAGGUAUGAACGACUAUCUGGCGAAACCAGUUCGCUCAGAUGUGUUGCGAAGGAAACUCGAUGCCUACAUCAAAGUUGGUGGCCAUCCCUCCACUAGCGAGCAUCAUACCAACGGAAAUACUGUCAAUAGGCGAAGCUCAUCCAAGACCACGCCGAGUCAAGACACAAAGUCUGUACAGCGGCCCGAAGCCACACCAUUACAAGGCCCUAGCGGGCAGGUUGCUCUUCGAAAUCGCGUGAUGGAUCCGAUGGAAGAGGGCGCAGUCUUUAACCAGCCUCUCGAUCCUGAUGGCUACCUGGCAGCUGAUAGCCCAACCUUUGGAAUUGAAAAGAACGAGUGGAUUUCGUCUUCCACUAUUGAACGCCCGCGAUCUGGCAUGUCUAAUGAAACGGUGUUGAGCAAUCAUGAGAAGGUUGACUUGCCAUCGCCAGCCAUACAGGCUGAGACAAAAACAAAGGAGCUAAAGGUUCCUGAUGAUGAGGACGUCAACAACCACAAUAUACAGGGCGAGCAAACAGCCCCUACGAAAUAAUAAUGGAGUUAUAUAAAGGGAAAAUCUGGACUGAAGUCAGCACUUAUGAACAUGCUGCUGAAGUAGAGUCACUUGCAUGACGAUUAUGGCAGCAAGGCCAACACUAGUUACAGAUCAUAUUUUAUAAAGUUAUAUGUAAAUAUACAAAGCGAAAUGAUUUACAAACGUUGGAAUUUAAUGAUUGGAAAACGAGCGUCACUCCCAGCUAUUUCAUGCCUUAUACAAUCAUUGUGCAUGAGGGCAGUCGAUAUCCUGUUGCUCAUCCCCUCUUGGUCACCCCGAGCCUCUAAUUGCAUGUAAUAAACAAAAAGAGAGUACGAAUAGAGGUUCUCCAAUAGUGAACAGAGUGGCCCAACACCACUACAGUAUUCAAUGCGUCUCAGUACUGUAAGAUCCGUCGUGCAUGUUUAAUACCCCAGUCUCUCUGCGGGAUGCGUUCUAAGCGAAAAGGCUGGCUAUUCGGCACUGAUCCUUGCCCCUACGUGCUGUAGCCUUGACCGGGUUCAGCAAGAUUUGACGCCAUUCUGAGCCACAGCCGAGCUCAAAUUCCUGCCGGCCAGAUAGUCAAUCUUUGUUCUGGCAAUUGUUCCUGUGGUGACGACUGAGGUUCGAUUUAAGUUGCAUAUGCCCCCUACAGGUCUUGCAUGAAUCUAUAUUACCGCGCCAAGCAAGUUCCAUUGCAUCUCGGGACAUUCGUCAUUGCGCAUCUAGCUUACUCUCCCUAAAAUCAAAUGCCCGACUUUCUAGGCCGCCGAUCAUAGCCUUCUUACUCGCUGUAGCAUGCCCAUCGAAGGCUACUCCAGAGGGUACAUUUACUGUAUCCUACCGAGUUCAUCGUUGUGAUGGCACCGUAGUGCGGUGCGUUGGCAACGGCACUGGAAAGAUGGCGUGAGCUCGCCGUUGGUGGACCGUGGAGCAGGGUUUAUUACUCAAGGUUGACGGUAGUAUUUUGUUCCCGAGGUGAGGAUCUCCGUGAACCCAGGAUCUCUUAUGCUGGCUGUGUUGAGGGGAGAGAGCGUGGUAUUAUCUUCUCAUCAAUGAGACCGUCUGGCAAGCCCCUCUGCACAACGUCUCUGGUGUGAUGGUACCUGUUCGUUUGUUUGCUCAAUCUGGCCAACUGCUGUUUCAGGUACAAGAAAGGGGAUCGUAGACACUGACC